AUGACUCCCAACCCAGGCUUGCCAAUGGUGGAUGGAACAACUAAAAUAAUUGAAAAACCAAAAUCUGAACCUGAGCGGGAAUCAUGGGGGAAGAAGACCGAAUUCCUACUUUCAGUCAUUGGAUUUGCAGUGGAUCUUGGAAACGUCUGGAGGUUUCCUUAUAUAUGCUACAAAAAUGGAGGAGGUGCCUUUCUUAUUCCGUACAUCGUGAUGCUGAUAUUUGGCGGUCUACCUCUGUUCUACAUGGAGCUGGCGUUGGGACAGUUCCAGAGGUGUGGCUGUCUCACUGUCUGGAAGAGGAUAUGCCCUUGUUUCAAAGGUAUCGGGCUGUCAAUCUGUGUCAUCGCCUUCUUUGUAUCCUGGUACUACAACACCAUAAUAGCGUGGGCGGUGUACUUCUUCUUCUAUUCCUUCCGGUCAGAAGUUCCGUGGUUGAGCUGCAACAACACGUGGAACACGCCCAACUGUACCACCUUCAACGACCGCAUCAUCGCCUGCAACAGCACCAAUGCUUCUUUGUGUGCCCUCAAGUCUGAUGAUUGGGCAAGCGCUGCGUCAACAGAAUUUUUUGAGCGAGAGGUCCUUGAACUUCAGUUCGCUGACGGUAUCGGGAAUCUGGGGGGAUUGAAGUACACCAUUACCCUGUGCCUGAUGGGGGUGUUUGUGCUCGUCUACUUCGCCUUGUGGAAAGGCAUAAAGAGCUCAGGCAAAGCCGUGUGGGUUACAGCAACCCUGCCCUACAUCGUACUUCUAAUCCUCCUGAUAAGGGGAUGUACCCUACCGGGAGCAUUUGCCGGGAUCAGAUACUAUCUCACACCUCAGUGGGAUCGUCUUAAAGACCAUCAGGUUUGGGUGGACGCAGCGUCGCAGAUCUUCUUUUCCCUAGGACCAGGGUUUGGAGUACUGCUAGCCUUGUCUAGCUACAACAAGUUCAACAAUAACUGCUACAAAGACGCCUUGAUAACGAGCGCUGUGAACUGUUUUACAAGCUUCAUGGCAGGGUUCGCUGUAUUCUCUGUCCUUGGAUAUAUGGCCCACACUCAGAACAGGGACAUAGACAAGGUGGCACGAGCAGAUGUAGGCUUGAUCUUUAUUGUAUAUCCUGAAGCCAUAGCGACAAUCGAGGGCUCGUCCUUCUGGGCCAUUAUAUUUUUCUUCAUGUUGAUCACGCUUGGACUCGAUACCACGUUUGGAGGCCUGGAGGCCAUCAUCACUGGUAUCCUGGACGAAUGGCCCAUGUUGAGGAAGAGGCGAGAGUUCUUCGUGGCUGGUCUAAUCUUCUUCUGCUUCCUCGGCGGGCUUGUCACCACCACAUACGGAGGAAUCUACGUCAUCCAGCUGUUCGACACAUACGGAGCUCCCAUCUCGAUCCUGCUUGUUGUCUUCCUCGAAGCGGCAGCCGUCUCCUGGAUAUACGGUACAAAACGGUUCAGUCAAGAUAUCGAGGCUAUGCUUGGUGCUCCCCCAAGGCCCUUUUGGCGCAUCACGUGGACGUUUAUCAGUCCUGUUUUCUUGCUGUCCCUGUUCAUCCUGUCGUUGUAUAACCCCCCUCAACCCUCCUACGGAACCUACACCUACCCCUACUGGUCUCUUACAGUAGGCUGGCUGAUAGUAUCUUCAUCCAUCGCGUGUAUAUUGAUAUACUUCAUUAUACACGCCGUCACUACAACAGGAUCAUUCUCAGAGAGAGUCAAGCAAAUGAUAUGGCCAAUGGAAUCACCAAAACACCUGAGCGAAGCUGGAAUCCCUGUGUACCUUUGAGUAGUGAUGUCAUAGUGCACACCAUGUGAGACGUCAUAAUGCACACAAUGUGAUGACGUCAUAUGUUUACGCUACCAUGCAUCUGAUAUACACCGGUUUUGUUAAAGGUUCCUAUGUGUCUGAAAACACCAUCAGGGGAUUUAAAGACAUAUAAUUGUUCCUUUACUAUGGCAAGGACUUUUCCCGACAAACCCUCAUUCGAAAGGUUGUCAGGUUUUGUAUAAACCUACGCGCAUGAUAGUGUUUGUAGACAAGUAGAAAAUGGAAGAUGUAUAAAACGUGUAUUAGAGAAACUGUGUUGCUCUGUAAGUAUGUUGAAGUAUAUACUGUAGUAUACUGUACAAAUGUGAGUGUACAAAUAACCUCUGUAUUUGUAUUAUUUUGUACACUGUUUUAUAAGCAAACUGUGUGUAGUAGCUGACAUAGUAGCUGACGUGUCGUAUGUUACUCAGCAUGAAGAUAUUUCUACAUUUGGUAGCCCAAGCAUCUUUCACUUGGUUCUUUCGCUGAUUCCCAGAUUCCCAGAUGAUCCUGAUAUCCUGGACCUUAACAUCUAUACCCCUAAUCUUAACUCCAAAUACCACCACAGACAUCCAUUGUCCCAUAUUAUUUGAUUAAUUGACGAGCCAAGGUGAGGUGAAGUACGAACGACUUCUUGCCAUUGAUUCGGCAGACCAGCCUCUACCCUGAUUACAUUAAUUCUUAAUCAACACUGCUUCCAAGAAGUAUCCACAAUCCUCUGUUUACCUCAUAUAUCUAUGAUCCAUCGUGUUUCCGAUUACUUACAGAUCAUUGUUUCCUACUAAUGUUUCAGAUUCUCCAUUUCCUGGUUAAAUAUCAGAUCCACAGUGUGUUCAAACAAUAUCCUGGAUUUAAAGAGUUCCCAACUAAAAUCCUGUUUCCUACCAAUAUUGCAGAUCCCGCGUGUUUCAUACUAAUAUCACGGACCCGGCGUGUUUCCUAAUAAUGUAUUGAAUCUCUCGUGUUUCCUUUUCAAAUCACACUCCGUAUACACAGACAAAAACGUCUCCCUUUCAACUGUCGCUCAUGUAAUUCCACGAAUUUUAAGUAGAAAACAUGAUACUUAUUUAUUCAUGUUAGGGGCGUUGAAACUUCUGGGACGGGGACGCAAUGAGACUAGGAGAAAGUACAGGAAACAAUAAUGUUGCCUCACGUCCCAGAGAAAACAGGUAGAGAUGCUGGACAUUUUGAAUUGUUAGUAGAAAAUACAGGAUUUCACGUCCCAGAGAAGACAGGUAGAGAUGCUGGACAUUUUGAAUUGUUAGUAGAAAAUACAGGAAAAGAUAAUGUUGCCUCACGUCCCAGAAAAGACAGG